AUAUGAAUAUUGGCAUUGCACACAAAUGGGAUAAAUUAUCGCCGCGCGAGUUUUUGCAGCUGCAGGAAUUGGCCUCAUAUUCGACGCGUAAGCUGCAGGAUGUGCUCCAGGAGUUUUGUGCGCCAAGUGCGACGGCCACGCCCAAAUGCAUACCAGAUGGGGACAUUGAUUUCGAUGGCUUUCGGCGGUUUUUGGACGCGUUUCUGGACUGCGAGACACCGCUGGACUUGGCCAAGCAUUUGUUCGUGUCGUUCCUUAAGCCAAAUGUCACCCAGGCACAGCUGCAUGGCAAGGCGCUCAAUCAAAUGGCGGCCAUUAGCAGCACCGCCGCCUGUGCCCCAGUCACGUCCCAUACGAAGGGCUCCAUACCGAACAUCAACAGCAUUGCCGAACUGAUGCCACAAUGCAGCAUUGUUGGCGCCGGCGAUGCCCCAAAUCAGGCCCAGGCACGCACCAGCUUUGUGGAUAAAAUCCAUGGCAUUACGGACAAGUUGCAGCACUCUUUGGCUCUCGGUGGCCAUUUGACACAUGAUCCCAGCAAGACAGGCAAUGUGCAUCCAAUGUUGACAGUAACGCCGAGUCCAUUGGCCAGUGGACCGAGCAUGUUCCAGGCGAACAACGCCGCUCGUCGUUCGGUCGACUCGAGUCCAUCGCACUCGCAGACGAACCACUCGCAAAUGUCGCGCAAUUCCUCGAAGAAGAGCAACAAUUCCGUUAAUUGCAAAAUUGAUACUGACAUUAAGCUGCUGACACGUAAACUCUCACACUUUGAUCCUUUGACACUUAAGGUUCCGCUGAAGGAUGUCGUCUGCUAUUUAUCACUGCUCGAGGCCGGACGGCCAGAGGAUAAGCUCGAAUUCAUGUUUCGCCUGUACGAUACGGACAGCAAUGGCGUGCUCGACACCGCCGAAAUGGAUGCCAUUGUUAAUCAGAUGAUGGCCGUGGCCGAAUAUCUUGGCUGGGAUGUCAGCGAGUUGCGUCCGAUACUGCAAGAGAUGAUGGUUGAAAUUGACUAUGACGCCGAUGGCACCGUGUCCUUGGAGGAGUGGCAACGUGGCGGCAUGACAACCAUACCGCUCCUCGUCCUGCUAGGCGUCGACAGCACCACACUGAAGGAGGAUGGCAUCCACGUGUGGCGCUUGAAGCACUUUAGCAAACCGGCGUACUGCAAUCUCUGCCUAAAUAUGUUGGUCGGCCUUGGCAAGAAGGGUCUCUGCUGUGUCCUUUGCAAAUACACGGUGCACGAACGUUGCGUGCAACAUGCGCCUGCCUCAUGCAUAACCACCUACGUCAAGUCAAAGAAGCCCAAAUGUGGCGGCGAUCUGUUGCAUCAUUGGGUCGAGGGCAACUGCUACGGACGUUGCUCAAAGUGCCGCAAACGCAUCAAAGCAUACCACGGCAUCACAGGACUCACUUGUCGCUGGUGCCACAUGAUGCUGCACAAUCGUUGCGCCUCGUCGGUGAAGAAGGAGUGCACACUGGGUGAAUUUGCUGAGCUAAUUGUGCCACCCACUGCGAUAUGCCCGGCUGUCUUGGAUCGCCAGCGUUCGGUUAAUCAGGCGCAUAAAAAAUCACAAAUGCAUCAUCAUCACCAGGCGACGCAUUUCCAAAUCACGCCGCCCGACGAGCUGAGCUGCCCAUUGCUGGUGUUUGUGAAUCCAAAGAGUGGCGGUCGACAAGGUGAUCGGAUCUUGCGUAAAUUUCAGUAUAUGCUCAAUCCCAGGCAGGUGUACGAUUUAUCCAAGGGUGGACCCAAGGAAGGACUCACGCUCUUUAAGGAUAUGCCCAAUUUCAAAGUAAUCUGCUGUGGUGGCGACGGCACUGUCGGCUGGGUGCUCGAGGCAAUGGACUCCAUCGAGCUGGUCACCCAGCCUGCCAUUGGCGUCAUUCCGCUGGGAACUGGCAACGAUUUGGCACGUUGCCUGCGCUGGGGCGGCGGCUAUGAGGGCGAGAACAUACCCAAAUUAAUGGAAAAGAUAAAGCGUGCCUCUACCGUAAUGCUGGAUCGAUGGAGCAUCGAGGUGACCAACAAUCCGCCCGUUGAAGAACUGCGCCCCAAGGUGACUUUGCACUCGAACAUGCAGAAAGUGAUUGAGUUGUCACAGAGUGUUGUGGUCGACAAAUCGCUGAUUGAACGUUUCGAGGAAAUCCAGCGGCAAAGCUUCAGUGGCACCACGGACAACAUCGCAGCAGCAGGCACAGAAACAGACACAGCUGCAACUGCCACAUCGAUUAUGAUGGCAACGGAAUAUUCGCAGGAUAUGACAACGACAACAGCAACAGGGAUGGGAACGGGAACGGGUCACGAUGAGGUUGCAGCUGAGGUGGCUGUGGAGUCUGCCACGCGCACCACAACCACGAAAAGCAUUUCAAUGUCCACAUUCGAAACGCGACGCAUGCACAAAACAUUGACAGCCACGCUGAGCAGCAGCAGCAGCAACAGCAACACAAGCAGCUCAAGUGGCAGUGCCACAGGCAGCAUCAACACCAACCUGCCGCAACAAUGCCAGCAGCAACAGCAACAGCAGCAGCAGGAAAUGGGGUCGCCUAUGGGCAAAGGUGUUCUAUUCCCGCUAACACGCACAGAUGUAACUGAAAAGCAAUCACUCGAGACGUUGCUCGUGCAACACAAGCAACAGCAACAAAAGCUGGCAGCGGAAGCAGAAGCUGCUGCUACAGCAGCAGCAGCAGUUGCAGCUGCUACGACAGCAAUGUCGGAUGAAGAGGCAGCUGAGAAUAAUCAGAGCGAUAAUAAUAGUCAGUCCAAUAAGCCGUACAACAUCGUUAAACAGCAAAUUAUAUUGUCUUUGGAUUUGUCGGACAAGUGCGAAACUUAUGGCAACAGCAACGACAUCAGCAACAACAGCAGCAACAACAACAACAACAUUGAGCAGCAGCAUAGACAAGGCCAAGUCGCCAGCACACCACAAACACCAAAGACUCCCAUUACACCGCCAACGCCAACAGCAGCAACAGCUGCCACAGCAACAACACCCACAGCAGCAACACCAACUGCAACAACAGCAACCAGCAGCAGCAACAUUCCACAGAAGCCCAUCAAAGUGCAAUCGGACAAGGACUGCACCGUGCCCUAUAACAUUAUCAACAAUUAUUUCUCCGUCGGCGUGGAUGCUGCAAUUUGUGUAAAGUUUCAUUUGGAACGCGAAAAGAAUCCGCAUAAAUUCAACAGCCGCAUGAAGAACAAGCUGUGGUACUUUGAAUACGCCACCUCUGAAACCUUUGCCGCAUCCUGCAAGAAUCUGCAUGAGAAUAUUGAGAUUGUGUGCGAUGGCGUUGCCUUGGACCUGGCCAAUGGGCCGCAUCUGCAGGGCGUGGCACUGCUCAAUAUACCCUAUACUCACGGCGGCUCCAAUUUGUGGGGCGAGCACUUGUCCCAGAAGCGCAUACGCAAGAGUGCCGGGCCAUUUGGCAAGAGCAAAAAACUCAAGUCCAGCGACAAGGAAUUUUCAGCCACCAGCUUUAAUUCCGUGGAUCUUUCAGUGGCCAUACAGGACUUUGGCGAUCGUCUUAUCGAAGUGAUUGGCCUGGAGAACUGUUUGCACAUGGGACAAGUGCGCACAGGAUUGCGUGCUUCCGGCAGACGCUUGGCUCAAUGCAGUGAAGUGAUCAUUAAAACCAAGAAGACAUUUCCCAUGCAAAUCGAUGGCGAGCCCUGGAUGCAAAUGCCCUGCACUAUCAAAGUAACGCACAAGAAUCAAGUUCCUAUGCUGAUGGCGCCGCGCUCAGAGAAAGGACGAGGAUUUUUCAAUAUGCUGUGCAGCUGAUUCAGGCGCAGCGCAUCGAGCGACUUCAUCGGCCACAGGCGACAGGCCGCUGAAUCCGCCGAUGAGCUGGAUGAUGAAUUUCGUAAGGUCACCAGAAGCACCACCGUCCACAAUUUACCUUAGUGCAUUGCACUGUGAUUAUUAUUUAUCCCAACUCCAGCUCCAACUUCCACUCCCAAAAUCAACCUGUUAAUAUUUAUUUAAAUGAUUAGUGUGUGAGUUGCAGAGCUUUACAAUGUUAAGUCAUAAAAAAGGAAAAACGAAAAAUGAAAAACAAAUGCUUUACGGUGCGAUUAAGAGUGCUUUAAGUACGAGUGCCAACUGUACUCCGAGUAGAACUGCAACGAAUACUUCGAGUACGACUUUAACAGGUACUUCGAGUAUUAUGAGCAGGUCUACACCGAGUAUAAUUUCAACGGCCACAUCGAGUGCGAUGUUUCAACAAUUAAUCCGUGGUACUAAGUCGCUAGCAUUCCAGGCAUUUCCCCAAAUAGGAUAAGUGAAUAAUUGAAUUGAAUUGAAUUGAAAUCUCAGAGUUAUGUGCGCAUCAGUGUUAACCAAGUGAAAGCUUUAGAUGUACUGUAGUACACACGUAUUUGUUAUUAAUGUAUAUUAGAUACUGUAAGAAGACAACAACAAACACACACAUACACACACACACUUAAACAAAACUUGUCCAAUAAUGCAACUAAAAUGAGACCAAACAUUGUAGUGCGAUUUUUAAAAAUAGUGCACAAUUUGUACACACAGAUUAAUAAAUAAAUAUACAAC